UCAGAUCACAUUGGCGGAGUGGGUGGGGCCGUGGGGGUGUGAUCCAAUCCCUACUCCCAACUCCCCACAGCAAAUUUAUUGUCGUUGGUCUCUCUCUUUUUUUUUUUUUUUUUUUUUUUCUGUUUAAUUGAUAAUUGCCUCAACAAUCCGUCCAAUUUUGUACUGCAUUUGCUGUCCCCAGAACUCCAGAAGACAGGACAGCAGCCGAAGGCCCAUCUUUUCUUUUUCCAAAACCUGGUUUUAUAGCUAAAUGGCUGCGAUUGUGCAAGGAAUAGGAGCUACAGCAGCUCCUUCUGCCAGUUCCAACAAAUUUCUCUUGUCAUCUCUGGGAUCAUCACUCUUAGAGAAGAAAAGGAACUUUUUUGUUGUUAGAUCAGAUGGAAAAUGUUACACUGGUUUAAACCAGCAACAGAGGAGAGCUCAAAAUGUGGUCACUAAUGCUGUUGCUACCAAGGAAGAAAAGGCAUCAGCUGCUGUGGGCUCCAAGCCAGGGCAUGAGCUUUUGCUGUUUGAAGCUCUACGAGAAGGCCUUGAAGAAGAAAUGGAUAGAGAUCCCUGCGUCUGUGUGAUGGGUGAGGAUGUUGGUCAUUAUGGAGGUUCAUACAAGGUGACCAAAGGCCUGGCUGAGAAGUAUGGGGAUCUCAGGGUUCUUGACACCCCCAUUGCUGAGAACUCCUUCACUGGCAUGGGAAUUGGUGCUGCCAUGACUGGCCUGCGACCAAUUGUUGAGGGAAUGAACAUGGGAUUCCUCCUCCUAGCUUUUAACCAGAUCUCUAACAAUUGUGGGAUGCUCCACUACACAUCUGGAGGUCAAUUUAAAAUACCAAUUGUCAUCCGGGGACCUGGUGGAGUUGGUCGCCAGCUGGGAGCGGAACAUUCACAGCGGCUUGAGUCUUAUUUCCAAUCAAUUCCAGGUAUUCAAAUGGUGGCAUGCUCAACAGCUUACAAUGCCAAGGGCUUAAUGAAGGCUGCUAUCAGAAGUGACAACCCGGUGAUUUUAUUUGAGCAUGUUCUACUUUAUAACUUGAAGGAGAGGAUUCCUGAUGAAGAAUAUGUUUUGAAUCUUGAGGAAGCUGAGAUGGUUAGACCUGGUGAGCAUGUGACCAUUCUUACUUAUUCGCGGAUGAGGUAUCAUGUAAUGCAGGCUGCCAAGACAUUGGUGAACAAAGGAUACGAUCCUGAAGUUAUUGAUAUCAGAUCGCUGAAGCCAUUUGAUCUUUACACAAUUGGGAAUUCAGUGAAGAAGACUCAUCGCGUGCUGAUUGUGGAGGAGUGCAUGCGCACCGGUGGAAUUGGUGCCAGCUUGACUGCAGCUAUUAACGAAAAUUUCCAUGACUAUUUAGAUGCUCCAAUUGUUUGUUUGUCGUCACAGGAUGUGCCAACCCCAUAUGCAGGAACCUUGGAGGAAUGGACUGUAGUUCAACCUGCGCAGAUUGUUGCAGCAGUUGAGCAACUUUGCCUGUAGUUGCAAAGAGAACGGCUCAUUUUUUGGUGUGUUUGUAAUUUAAGUUGUUACAUAGUUCGGUUUUCAUCAAGUAAGAUGGGAGUGAUACUUAGGUUCAGACGGGUUGUUAUUGUUGGUAGAUACUUGUGCCCCUCUGGUCUCAUUGCUUUCCCCCCUAUUAUUCUAAACGAUACCAGAGGGUAUCAGUUAACUUCUAGUUACCAUUGUUGGCGGUGCAAAAUGACAAGUUCUCUUCGGUUAUAUUGCCUCUGA